ACGUCACGUUCUCGAGCGGUCAUGGUUCCUGCAAAAACUGGAAAUACUGGUCACUGUCCUACUGAAAUGAUUCAAACAAGGCCUUGUUGGGAUGGAGUGUGCCUGACGUACUCGUGGAGAGUUCUGAAUGGAACGCUGCAAUGUUCCCGGUCCGAUGGCGUUAUCGUGGAAGGCGCUGGCUGCGCGGACCGCCCUCGCCCCUGCGUGCCGGGCUGCCCCGCCGGGGCGCGCUGCGAUCCCCUGACGGGCCAGUGCUCGUGCCUGCGCGGAACGGUGCCAGUGUUUGUCGGACCCGAGACUGGCGCGUCGCUCCCGUCUCCUCCGAGCGAGACCUUGCCGACCGGUGGCGCUGCUGGCGGUGGUGGUGUUGUCGUCCUCGGUGGUUCUGGUGGUGCUGCAGGCGGCACGCUGCUGGCACGCUGCGAGCCCAUCCGUGCCACGAUGGACGGCGCGGGACACGCCUCCGACAACCACACUGCCGCCGCGGCCGGGGACAUCCUGCUCAAGUACUACCCUGACGACAACGAAUACAGCUUCUGGAUGUACGCCAUGAUCUCAGUGGGUUCUGCCUUCGUGAUAUUCGUCGCCGUCACCGUGUACCUGAUGUGCAUUCCAGAGCGUGAAUAGAGAAGAUAUGGAGGUGAUCCAUUCCUCCGUGCGUCAGCGGCUGAAGAGUAGCUACUCGUUCAGCUCACGACACCGGUCCAACUCCUCGGCCGCCAGCACCAGCAUGGUGGCGAGGAGCAAUGCCUGCUGCGCCUACGAGCCGGCGCCCACGUCAUCGUCUUGCACGGCGGUGUCCACCACGCAGCUGUACUGACACAACGCCAAGGGCGGCGCUCCACGCUGGUCAACCUGCGCUGCCAACAACGCCGCCAUGGAUGCGGCGAAGGCCCUAGGAAACACGUAGCCCAUUCCAGAUGUGCCACGUAUACUCUCACGUGAACACAGCACUCGAACGUCGGGAAGAUCUGAACGUGGCGCCGUAGAAACUGCCGGUAAACAGACGGUGUUAAGUGGUUCAAAGCAUUCCAGGGGAGCCGUGGUGACUCGAAAACGGCACUUGUGCGCGAUUUAGCGAAUCCCGGUGUGUUUCUGCAGGCUUCGUACGCGCCUUUGCUGCCUCCACUCUUUGUGUGAGAGUGUAACAAACACAACGCACUGUGACGAAUGCUGCCCACUGUGUGCUUGCCUGCUCUAACAUUCCCUACGUACUGGACUUUGAAGAAUGGUGUCAGCGUUAAUACCACCAAGGUCGACAGAACUGGCAAAUAAAAUAAUGGUGUGGAAAUUUUCCUACCCACCGUUUUGCGAAGUUCGCAACGAGUCGACGCACAAUGAAGACUGCUGCUAAAGACAGCGGUACAUCCAGUGACUGGCAGAAAAGUACCCCCUUUAUGAGAAAGAGGUUCCAUGAGUGUGGGCUACGUUGCGACUGGUGCAGUUUCCAUAAAAGGCAACUUCAAUGAGUGUACUAUGUUGUGCGUACCUGUGAACUAGACUCCUGUGAUCGCCCUGUGACUGAGAAAUGUGUUAACGACUGUCUCGUGUAAUCUGGCUCCAUCUCUUGUUUAGUAAGAAGGGAGCACAAAUGUUGUGCCAUUCCUGUUCCCCGUUUCUCUGGUGCAUCGCAUGGAAUGUACUUUUUCCGUGGCAUUUUUUUUUUCAGGGGCUUAAUAUGGAAAGAGACUUCAGCAUUUGUUGCCUGUCUUUUUCCCAAGAGCACCUGAGAACUUCAACACAAUGCGUGCUAUGGCACAGCAGAUCACCAUAGCGGAUGUACCUUUCUGAAAACUAAUCGUGAGACUGCGUGCAAAAAUGAAUUAAAUGCACUAUAUAUCCACUAAGUUUGGCCAUGUUUGUCGCUAAUCAGCAAGAAUAAGGUUGCAUUAGGCCCGCGAAUGACACUAUCAAUGCAUUACUGUCCAUGCUGUCAAAUGAUUAGCAAGCUGUACUUAUUAUGGGACGCAAACUGAAACUAACCAGGUUGCAGUACUUAAACACGGUUUCCCGCAGCAGCGAAAGAGCACUGACACGUUUGAACACGUGAUAUGAUGGCCUUCUCAUUUCCACGUCUUCACCGUCGCCGACGGCCGGCCGAUUCGCCAUCGCCUCUCCUGGGUUAAAGGCAAGCAAAGCGGGCGCAGUGCAUAGUCCGUCACCCAUUUCUCUUUUCAUUUUUUUUUUCUCCCUUGGGCAUUGCGCCGUGUCGCCGUAUGGCUAACAGAAAUUCGGUGCUUUUUUUUUUCCUUCUUCAAGAAUUACAACCACCAUCGUUUCUUGCCACAGGCUGCAGAGAAACGUCCGCCACACGCCGCAUGGCAGCUGCGCCACCCAGGAGAAGGCCGUGGUGCUUCGGUGCGGUGGCACCAUCUAGUUUUGCAUAAACAAACUAGCUGCGGAAAACGGUCUAUAUAUGUGAGAAAUUCUUCUUGUUAUGUGAAACGUCUUGUACCGCACCUACUCUUUAAAUUGUUUUCACAGCUGCAUAUCUUUGUACUUGUACAGAACAAGUAUCGUCUUGAGUAUAAUUACGGCCUACGGGCCCCUAAUCAGUACAUUUAUUAUAUUUCUGGAAUUAUUCUUAAGCAGAUGCACUAGAAAAGUAAAUAAGCUUAUAGUAAUACGUCUAAGUUUGGUAUUCCCCGAAGGAUACUGUUGUCAUUUUAACGGUAUUGUUUCUUUUCUUCUUCUCUGUGUGGUACUCGCCAAUAUUGGGCAUUCAGGUAGUUCGAAAACAUUUCCGAGUUUAGAUGUUAUCAAACUGUACAAUAUCGAAUGUACCUCAUGACCUCACGCGUGGUUGUUCACGUUGAAAGUCUGCUCCCAAGAAAGACGUACCGCGAAUCUCCAUUGUCAAUUGCCAAAGAUAUAUCAUGGCAGAUCUAUGAGCUGUCGUUUUUGUACAAUGAAAGCUCUUUCGUCUAUUUUUGGCAUUUAGCCUCAUCAUCCGUGAGGUGGAGGAAGAGUGUAUCGUGCCAUGGACACAUCAGCGUGUCUGUUUAGUUACUCAUCUAGCUAGAACCUCACUAACCUACCAUUGUUGUUGUCGCGUAUGUGUACAUUCCACAGAGACAAUGUUCGCUUGGCUGCAUUAAUGCCACAUGCGCUUCUAUGAAUUGAAGGGCGCUGGUGUCGAAGCUGACUUUAUCUCUCGUUGUGAUACAGGAAAAAUUUUUUUCAAUAAAUUGUAUCUUAUCAAACUUA